GCCCUUAGAUACUGUCAGUGUCAAGGCCAUGUCUAUAAAUACUCUCAGACGCCCGCUCUCUCCUUUUCAUCUACGUCACUUUAGGUCAGCGUAAGCAGCGCAAGCAAAAUUAGACUUUACGUGCAGGUGUUUUAAAGCGACUCGGUUCCAUUAUCCUGUAAGCUCUCUCCUUUUCAUCUUGGUCAAGGUCAGGGUAAGCAGUGCAAACAAAAUGAGACUCUACGUACAAGCGACUCGGCUCCAUUGUCCCGUGAGCCUCAAGGUCAUAAGCAGUGCAAGCAAAAUGCGACUCUACGUGCAGGUGCUUUAAAGUUCAGUUCCAUUGUCCCGUGAGCCUCGCGUCAAGUCGGGCUUCAAGCCGCCGCCGCUGAAGGAGCGCGAGCGCUGGUCGCAGCUGUUCCACGCCUUCCUCAAGCUGGCGCUCACCAAGAACCCCAAGAAGCGGCCCACAGCCGACAAGCUGCUGCAGCACGCGUUCUUCCAGCAAGACAUGAGUAAACGGCUGGCCAUCGAGUUACUAAACAAGUACUCCAACCCUUCCAGCUGCAGCUCCACCGAGAUCGACGAUGAUGGGGCGGUGUCCAACGUGCCGCAACGCAUCGCAUCGCGUCACACGGGCCGCGGCCGUCGUGUGUUAGCCGACCAAGCGGCGGCGCGGCCCACGACGCGUCCGCGCAGCUUGCUGCCAGAGAGAGACGUGUCUGGAGACGCACCCGCUGUGGCUAGGACUGCCAGGCUGCCUGAUGAGAGUCGCGUGAGCUCCCGGUACGACGACUCGCCGAUCAUAGACCUGGACGCGGAAGACGACCUGGCCCGCCAGAAUCUGUUCCCGGGACUACCUGCCCGGACCACAAAUGUGGGAGACACCGUUAAACGAAACGUGUACCAUAGACAAUCGAGCGAAGACUGGAGCGUGGCGUCCCUAAUGAGUUGUCCCAAGCACAACCCACUGCAGGACCUCGCAACAGACACGAUGCCAUCUAGCGAGAACAAGUGGUGUCGGGUGAUCACUGGGGAUGAUAUUAUGAGAAUGUCUCUGAGGUAUUUUAUUUGGAAACUUUAAGUUGACAAAUUCAAAAUUUUUUCAACGAUUUGAGUUAA